GUCAGUUUGCGUCAGUCGAUUGCAGUCGAUGGACAACAACGUUUGAGUUUUGUUUGUGUGUGUGGUUAUUUUUUUUUUUUUUAAAUUAAAGAACCAUUUUUUGACAUUCAAAAAUGUGGAGUUCUUUGUGAAAAUAGUGUUGAUUUUUUAAAAACAUUUUUCACUGUUUGGAUAAACUUUAAUUACUUAAAAAUUUAGUAAUUUUUUUUCUCUAACGUUUGAAGAAAAAAAAUCUCAUUACAGUGAUAUUGUAAAUGAAAAAUUCAAUUGGCUGAAAGAGAAAUCUGUUAUUUUUAAAGGACAUUUGUGGAACCUGGAAACUUUCUCUUUAAGAGAUUGUAACGUUGUGAUACAUUAUAUAUAUAUAUAUAUAUAUAGUUUGGAUUAAAGCCAAUCAUCGUCUGAGAAACUAUUUGCCAGCUUGAAAAAAAACGCUUUCAUAGAGACUUUUGGCAAGUGAUGCUGUAUUAAAAAACAAAAAUCCGUUCAAAAUGAUGACGGUGAUGUGUCCAAAUUGUCAGCAUCGAUUCCCAGCUCCUGGAUGCUGUAAUCCAAUGAGACAAGAAGAGAAUAACAGACUGAUGGCGCCAAAGGAGCGUAUGGAUUUUUACAGUGGUGGUGGUAUUCUUGUACCCCGUGGAUUUACCAGCGAGAAUAAUUGCUUUAUCAAUGCACCAACAAUUGUUCAUGGACCAACGAUCAUUCAAACUGGUAAUCAAAAUUGUCUCACAACACCGAGCUUCAGACACAAUUUUCCCACCAAUGAAUCUGAAACUCUUAAAACAAAUUCAAUGGCUAAUCAUGUAAAAUUAUCACGAAUGGGAUACGAUGAUCAACAUGAUGUUCCUGAUUUAUUGCCACCAUCGGCGUGCCACAUUACAACAAAUUGCGAUCAUAAAGGAGGUAGUGUCACAAUUACAACACCGAGAAAUCAAUCCGGUGGCUGUGUUAUUAAAUGCAUUGAUUCAGGUGUUUUAUUUCAAUCGCCCGUUCAAAUGAGGCCACAUCUCUCGGGUGGUGGUUUUGUAUUACAAAAUCGUCUAUCCACCGAAUUUAUGGAAGACGCAGAACCAAUAAUGAAUGAGGAGGAGCUAAGCAAUCUUUCGAGUCCAAAACUAGUCGAAAAUAAUGAAUUCCCCUGUGGAGAAUGUGGACUAUCUUCAAAUCCACCGAGUGGUUGUCAAGAAUUACCUGGCGCAAGAAGAAAUAUCAUAAUUGACGAGAGAAAUCAAAAUAAUUCAACAUCAAGAACAUGUGCCUUCAAUUGUCACUCGCAUUCAAAUCCCGAUCUUCAAAUUCAAGUGAACGCAACUGUACAACUACCAUCGAGUAUGGGACAAUGUACUGUCAAUAUUACCGCAACUACAAAUACAGUGAGAAACACUUAUGGUUAUUAUAAUAUUAGAAAUUUGAAUAAUUUGAAUGGCGGUGGACUCAUUGAAACUGAGCCACAUUCACCGAUUGAUGAUUCAUUUAUUGAACGAAAUGAUGAAAAUCCAAGUACACCUGUUUCAUGGCUAAUGCCAUGUCCAUGGACAUUUAAUAGUCAAAUGAUGGAAAAGGAUGUCACGUAUCUUGGUGAGGUGAAAAAAUUAUUACAAACAACCGGAUGGUAUCAUGAAGGUAUGACAUGGCAAGAAAGUGAAAAACUUCUCAAGGAUUCACCAGUUGGCAGUUGGUUGAUGAGAGAUAGUUCUGAUAGUAGGUAUUCGUUUGCGGUUUCCGUUCAGACAAAACGUGGUCCCACAUCGGUGAGGGUACAUUUUCUACAGGGACGUUUUCGCCUUGACGCUGAACCAAGACUUGCAUUGGCAAUGCCACUUUUUCGUUGUCCAAUUAAAAUGAUUGAAUACUAUGUUGAUUAUUCAACAAGAAUGGACGAUCAAAAGAAUCAAGUUUGGAUUGAUUAUAGUGGCGAAAUAUAUAGUCAUAUUUACAUGACAAAACCUUUUCUCAAAGAAGUCACAUCGCUCUCACAUUUAGCUAGGCUCAAGGUCAAUGCUUAUAAUUUACCGAAGAAUCAUCUCCCAGUUAUUAUUAGGAAAUAUCUCGCGGAAUAUCCAUACAGCAUUUGAAUUUUUUUUUUUUUUUUUUUUUCAUUGAUGUUUUAAAAAUUGACUUUUUUUUCGCAUAGAAAAAGAAAGAAAAAAUAUUCAAUUAUAAAAAAAAAGACGUGAUUCAAUUUUUUGGAAUCACAAUUUUUAUUCUUUUGACUGAAAAUUUUUUGUACAUCAAUGAGGAAAAUUCUAUUUUUAAAGUGCUGUCCUUGUACAAUGGAAAAGUAUAUUUUUCUGAUACCCACGUUCUCAGAUCUGCGAAUGCGAUUUCCUUCUUGUUCAUUUUUGCGACGAUUAUUCUAUUUUCACGAUCAUUGAAAUGAUUACAGAAUGUAUUGAUCAUGUUCUUAUAAAGAACGAAAAAUUGGAAACUAAUAAUAGUAAUUUCAAAUUAAAAUUUCGUUUAUUUAUAAAAUUUAGUUGAAAUUAAACAAUUUUUUGUUCAACUAAAUAAAAAAUUAGAAAACUGUUGUUACCAGCGUUUUUUUAUGCGCUUGAAACAAAAAAAAAAUAUAUUUCAUUUGACGUCAACCCUUUGUUGAUUUUUCAAUGUCACCAAAAAUUUGUGCAUCAAAGGGUUUAAUUAAAUAUUAAAAUACUCUGACAAAAAAAAAUUUUUUUUUUCUUUAAUCUAUCGAGUAUUUUGAUUAGUUUUUUUUUAAAUUCAGACGUUAAAAAAAUUUAUUUUAAUUGAAAAAUUAUUUAAUUUUCUUUUCUUAUUUAUUUCAAACAAAAAAGAACAGAAAUAUUAGUUACAAAAAAUAUUUCCUAUAUAUAGUAAAAGAAAAUUUAAAUUUGCAAAAUUAAAAAAAGAAAAAAAAAUUGAAAAAUUAAACUAAAAAAAUUGAAAAAAUAUUAAUAAAUUGAAAAUUAAAAAAAAUUAUUAAUUUAUUUAACUCAAGGACAAAAAUUUCAAAAUAAUGAAAUUUUCUUUGAUUCAAAAAAAUAUAUUUCUAAAUAAAUCAAAAUAUAAUUUGAUAUUAAAAUUAUAUUUACGAUUUUGAGUUUUUUGAAACUUGCAAUUAUUUUCCAAUGGAAAUUUAAUAAAAAAAAAAAAAUUAUAAUCAUUAAUUCAAAUCUUUUGAAUUUUGAUAUAUACGUUGGUAAUUACAGUUUAUUGAAAAUUAAACUGAGAUCAAUUUUAAUCAUAUUAAAGGAUUAUGGAAAUGCAUUAUAAACAAUUAUUAUAUAGUUCAUUUAACAAUCAGUCCAGAUAAAUGUUUUUGUAAAUGAUAUUUAUAUCGAUAGACACGUCUUGAAUCAGAAUCUCAAAUGUUUAUUUACCUCAUUCAUGGGAUGUCACGUACAACUCUUUUUUUUGUAUAAUAAUUUUAUUAAAGUAACAGAAGCUUACAGUUCAUUAAAAAAAAAAAAAAACGCUGAAAUCGUCAAAAUAUACUCUUUAAUGCUUUCCUCUUUGAUUAGUUGAUAAUUCUGACAAUGUUUCUAAGAAGAGGAAGUAGACAAUUUGCAAUUAUUAUUUUUAUUACAGUGUAAAAAAAAUACUAUUGUUUUUACACUAAUGAGACACUAUUUUAAGACCAAAGACAGAAUUAUGGCGAAACAAAAUUGUAUCAGUCCUCUUUUUGUAAAUGAGAUUUUUUUCUAAUUUGAAAUUAUUUAAAAAAAAAAAAAAUUAGUAAAAUAAUUGUAUUAUCAAUACCUGGUUGAAGUAAUUUUCAAUUUAGAUAUUUAAAAGAAAAAAAAAAUCUAAUUUCAAAAAGAGGCCUUUACCAUAGGUAGUAUUACGAAUUGUUCUCGUGUUUUUCUUUUACACGAUUCUUAUCAAGCGUUCUUUAAUUAUUAGUGGCCGAUAAAAGCAUAAUAAUUAUCUUUUGUGUGUGUGUCUAUAAAUUAUUGUAUUUGCCGAAUAGUUUUGAAGAAAAAGAAACGUUUCAAAUAACGUGUCAAAAUUAAUCAUUAAGGAUAUAAUUAUUGAUAGAGUUGGUAUUAUUUUAAUAAUUCAAAAAACUUUCUUUUUUCAAAUUAAAAAAUUUCAACUAAAUAUUUGUUUAGAAAUUAAGCAAAUCUUUUUUUUCUCCACAACAUUUUGCAUUUUAAAAUCCAAGAUUAUGUGAAAUUUAAAUAAAAAUUUAAAGAAAAUAUUUGAAAAUUUGCAUGAAAAAAUUUUUUUUGUCUCAUAAAAUAAUACUGACUCUAUUGUUCUAAAUUUAAUUUCGUUUGUGGUCGUUAUUAUUAAGGAAAAUUAGAAAAUUUAGAAAUUUUAAAACAUUUUUGCCUUUCUUGACAUUCUAAAAUUAGAAAGCAAAAAUAUAAUGUACUUGAAGUUUUAAGAAUUUUUCUUUUAACUUUUGGUAUAUUUAGCUAUUUAUAUUUAUUAACUAUUUGACUGUAAAAUUUGAGGCUAAAUAAAUUUCCCAUAAUUUUAGUAGACUAUUUCGAUCACACUUCUAUAAUUUUUGAAAAGAAUAAAUUUAAUAAUAAUUUUCGUCAGGGAUGAAAAUUAAAAUUUGUUUUUGAAUAUUUAAAAAAAGAAAUUACAAAAUAUGAAUCGAUAUUCAAAAAAUCCCUUCCAUUUGAAAAAAACCAAAAAUUUUUGGAACUCAUAUGAUAGAAAUUUAAAAAAAAAAAUGAAAGAACUGAAACAUAAACAAAUAAUAAUUUUUCAUUCCUGAUUAUGAUCUAUUUACUAUUUAAAAAAAAACUAUACAAUUUUUCGAUAAAAAAAAUAACAAUUUGUAAUGAAUUCGGGAUACGAGUAAUUAUUAUAUCUUCAAUAAUAAUGUACUGUACGCUUCAAAAAAAAUUAAAAAUACUAUACCAUGUCCUCGUGCACAAUGAAACAAAUGUAUUUGAUUAAAAUAAUCAAUUGACUAAUUUAUUUGAUAAUAGUCAAAUCAUUAUUUGAAUUAAAUUUUUUUUUUCAUUGUGAAAGAUUGAAAUUUCUUCUCAGCGAGAAGAUAUAUAACAUAUUUUAAUCAAACGACAAAUUAAAUCAGAACGCAAUAGAUAAUACAAUAUAAAGAAAUAUAUAUAUAUAUUUUUAAUCACAUUCAGUAAUAAAAAAAAAUAGAGAAAGAAAGAGAAGCAAAAAAAGAAAAAAAAACAAAACGCAUAGGAUUUUACAUAAAUGAAAAAUAGUUUGUGAAAACUUCUGAGCAUUUUGUUUGUUUUUUUUACCGAUAUUUUAGAAGCAGUCUCUAUAUUAGAGACGUUUGCGACUUAUAGCGUUUCAAAGCAAAAUGCGAUUGGGUUUUUACGUUCAAUGAAAUAUUGUUAAAAAAAAAAAACCAACGUUAAUCGUGAAAACAAUCUGUAUAUAUAAAUAUUGUGUAUUUUCUCGAGAGUUCAUUGAAUGAAUUGUUGAUAUAAUGUUGUUAAUAUUGUCAUUUAACGAUAUUAAAAAACACAACAACAACAACAACAUUGUGACUCUUCGAGACCCUCAAACUGCCAAUUAAUUAAUUAGUUAAUUCAAUAAUACGUUCCCAGUUCAAUUCGAUAAUUAUUAUUAUCGAAUUGAAAUUUUUUUCGUGAAAUGACGUUAAACGAGUGGAUUGUUUUUAAUUUACUUGACUGAUACACUUUGGCGUGAAAUUAUAAUAUGAAAUUUAAUUGAAAUAAUUUUCAAUUCAUUUUUUUUGGCCCUUACAGCUAAAGUUAUUAUUAUUAUUAUUAUUAUUCCGAAUUCACUCGUGUUCUACGUCAGAUCUUGAUCUAAUUUUAUCUAGGAUAGAAGAGUAUAAGGUGUUUCGAGAACAUGUAUUUUAUAUUACAAAACAAAUGAAAAUGUAUAGAUCAGAAGUUAAAUUAUUACAGAAUUAUUUAUUACCAGUA